AUGCACUAUAUCCCAAUUGAAUCGUGCGACGCUACUUUUGACCAAGAUUGCAGCGGUGACAUAAAAUUUCCAUACCUGCGAGCUAAGUACGAUAAAAGCACGGGUCAAGGACUGAAUAAUCCUCGAGAACAGCUGAACGAAAAGACGAGUUGGAUCGACGCGAGUAUCGUUUACAAUGUACAGGAGCCAUGGGUAAAUGCACUGCGAUCGUUCCGAAAUGGCACUUUGCGAGAAGGUCCGGUGCAGGGCUAUCCGCCUUUGAAUGCCGAGAGAUUGCCUCUCAUCAACCCCCCUCCUCCACAGGCUGAACACCCUGAUUGGACAGACGACCAACUUUUCAGUCGUGCCAGGCGAUAUGUAAUCGCCGUUUUGCAGAACAUAAUAAUGUACGAGUUCCUACCCGCUUUGUUGGAUGAGCCGACCGCGUCAUAUGCAGGGUACAAUCCACACCUUCCACCAGGAAUAAGCAACGAAUUCGCUGCAGCUGCCUUUCGAUAUCCGCAUACGAUGGUGCCUUCUGGAACUUUCUUACGAGAUGGUAAAUGCCAUUUUGAGAACAACGUUGGAGGUUAUCCGGCGUUGCGUCUUUGCAACACGUGGUGGAAUGCGCAGGAUGAUCUACAACGCUAUAGUAUGGACGAAUUUAUUUUGGGCAUGGCGUCUCAAAUCGCGGAAAAAGAGGAUCGAAUAAUCGUGUCAGAUUUGAGAGAUUAUGUUUUUGGGCCUUUACACUUUUCGAGGCGUGAUCUGACGGCGCUUACCAUCAUGCGAGGACGUGAUCAUGGACUUCCAGAUUACAAUACAGCCAGAGAAUUCUUCGGUUUACCUCGAGUAGCAGAUUUCAAGGGCAUAAACCCAAUGCAUUAUCGCGAAGAUCCAGCAGUCAGAAAAUUCAUUGAAUUCAAAUUUUACCAUUUUUACAAGAAUCUGAGCAAAUUAUACGAUGGAAAUAUUGAAAAACUGGAUAUUUACAUUGGUGGAAUAUUGGAGUUUUCAAAUGGUACUCCCGGACAGCUGUUCAAACGAAUUAUUCGCGAACAAUUCUAUCGCCUUCGAGAUGCCGAUAGAUUCUGGUUUGAAAACAUAAAAAAUGGGUAUUUAAUUUUAUCGGUUGUUUUCGAUGGGUAAAA